GCAUCCGGUGAAUCGCCAUCGUUCCUCUCCUCUGUGCUCUCAGGGGAGGCUGGGGCAAGGUGCAGACAAACCCCGUGGAGGCACAGGGCAGAGUCCCCCGGUGCUGGAGCAUCUGCCAGCCGGGACCAGGGCUGGACCGUCCCCGCUGCGGGGAGCCCCGGGGGGCAGGAGGAGGAUCAGCCGCGCCCGAGCGAGAGGGAAAGGCCAGCUGAAGCUGUCCAUCGAGGUGCGGGGCCGGUCGCUGGUGCUGCACGUCAUGGAAGCAAAAGGUCUGAUGGGAGCAGAGUGCCGUGUGUGUGACUCCUAUGUGAAGAUGUCCAUUGUGCCAGAUGCUGACUGGAAGUGCAGGCAGAAGACCAAGACUGUUCCAGACAGCAAAAAUCCUGUGUUCCACGAGCACUUUGUGUUCCCAGUGCAAGAGGAGGAUGAGCAGAAGCGUCUCCUGGUCACAGUGUGGAACAGAGACAGGAAUUCCAGGCAGAGUGAACUGAUCGGCUGCAUGAGCUUUGGGGUGAAGUCCCUGCUGUCCCUGGACAAGGAGAUCAGUGGCUGGUACUACCUCCUCGGGGAGGACCUGGGCAGGACCAAGCACCUGAAGGUGGCCAUGAGGAGGCUGAAGCAGAGCACAGAGGUCAAGCUGGGAAGUCCAGGUGCAGCCCGGGAGAGGCAGGACGCUGUGACCCUGCAGCAGCUGAAGAUCACCAUCCCUCGGGGCACUGAUGGCUUUGGCUUCACCAUCUGCUGCGACUCCCCAGUCCGUGUGCAGGCAGUGGACUCUGGUGGCCCAGCAGAGAAGGCAGGUCUGCAGCAGCUCGACACGGUGCUGCAGCUGAACGAGCAGCCCGUGGAGCACUGGAAAUGUGUGGAGCUGGCACACGAGAUCCGGAACUGUCCCACAGAGAUCAUCCUCCUGGUGUGGAGGCUGGUGCCUCAGGUGAAGGCAGCCCAGGAGGGCAUGGCCCGCAGGUCCUCCUGCAGAUCCUCGCAGGAGCUGCAGUCGCCGCCGCAGAAGCGGGAGAAGAGCGGGGCGGAGCAGCGCCGCAGCUGCCACCUGCUGUACCAGGGGCUGGGGCUGCACACCUGGGACAGGCACGGCCAGCUGGCCAAGCGGGGCCAGAGCACCCUGCCGGCCCUGUCCCGCCUGCCCUCCGCUGCCGACCACAACUACAUCAUCCUGGCGCCUCUGGACCCGGGCAGCCAGCUGCUGAGGCCAGUGUACCAGGAGGACGACUCUACUGUGGGGAAUGGCUGCAAAGGGAAAUCCCACACGGGCUCUGGGAGGAAAUCCAGGCUGAUGAAGACUGUGCAGACCAUGAAGAGCCCUGGGAACUACCAGAACUGCACCAUAGUGAGGCCUCACAUCCCCCAUUCCUACGGCACCUACGUGACCCUGGCUCCCAAGGUGCUGGUGUUCCCCAUCUUUGUGCAGCCCCUGGAUCUUUGCAACCCAGCCCGGACUCUGCUGCUGUCGGAGGAGCUGCUCCUUCUGGAGAGCAGGAACAGAACUACACAGGUGACUCUCUUUGUCUACUCUGACCUGCUGCUGUUCACCAAGGAGGACGAGCCCGGGCGCUGCAACGUGCUGAGGAACCCUCUGUACCUGCACAGUGUCAAGCUGCAGGAGGGUUCAGAAGAUCGCAAGUUCUGCAUCCUUUACCUGGCAGAGAAGUCGGAGUGCUUAUUAAGUUUGGAGGCUUACUCCCAGGAGCAGAAGAAGAGGAUCUGCUGGUGUCUGGCUGAGAACAUCACCAAGCAGCAACAUCCAGCAGCAGCUCCUACGGAGAGCAAGAUGCUGGAGACGGACGCCGAGCAGCCGGGGCAGAUGCACUCGGAGGAUGGGAAGGCAGCAGCGGGGGCCCCUCCGGCUGCCGAGGCAGCGGCUCUGGCCGAGCCCCGGGAUGCUCUGGGGGCCACCCCGGCUCCUCUGCUGCUGGAAAAGCAGCCGGUGGCCACGGCAAAGAGAGAGGAGCAGCGCAGCUCCCUGGCAGCCUUUGUCAUCCCCGAGCUGCGGCUGGACAGCACCUUCAGCCAGAGAGCGGCGGGCAGCGCCACGGACGGCGAGGACGAGGAGGAGGACGAGGAGGAAGAUGAGGAUGAGGAGGAUGAGGAGGAGGACAGCGACGAGCAGUACCUGGACAGGAACGAGCUGAAGCGCAGCAGCAUGAUCGAGACGUCGGGCGGGCAGCCCGGCUACACGCUGAGCGUGCAGGGCUCGCUGCGGCGCCGCACGCACAGCGAGGGCAGCCUGCUGCAGGAGCCCAGGGGCCACUGCUUCACCUCCGACACCACCCUGAACUGCUCCGACAGCCCCGACACCGCCGAGCGCUGGGCGCUGCCCUCCCCGCGCACCCUCAAGAAAGAGCUGGUCAAAAACGGCGGCUCCAUCCACCAGCUCUCGCUGCUCUUCUCGGGCCACAGGAAGCUGAGUGGAGCAGACCCUGAGUGCAGCUGUGACGAAGGAGACGAGAGCUCCCGCAAGAAACGCAGCAGGAGCCUAGCCAAGGACAUGAAGAACCGCCUGGGGAUUUUUCGGCGGCGGAACGAGUCCCCCGGAGCCAACCCCUCCGGCAAACUGGACAAAGUGCUCAAAUCCCUCAAGCCCACUCCCGAGGAAGCACUCAAGUGGGGGGACUCCCUGGAGAAGCUGCUGCUGCACAAAUACGGGCUCGCUGCCUUCAGGGCCUUCCUGCGCACCGAGUUCAGCGAGGAGAACCUGGAGUUCUGGCUGGCCUGUGAGGAGUUCAAGAAGAUCAAAUCCCAGUCCAAGAUGGUGUCCAAGGCCAAGAAGAUCUUCUCAGAGUACAUUGCCAUCCAGUCCUGCAAGGAGGUCAACCUGGACUCCUACACCCGGGAGCACACCAAGGAGAACCUGCAGAGCAUCACCCGCAGCUGCUUCGACCUGGCCCAGAAGAGGAUCUACGGGCUGAUGGAGAAGGACUCGUACCCCCGCUUCCUGCGCUCCGACCUCUACCUGGACAUAAUCAACCAGAAGAAGGGCAGCUCCCCGCUGUAGGCCCAGGGACUGACUGGGGCAGGCUGGGAGCUGUGUGUUUACAUGGAAUUGGGCAUGGAGGCCUUCCUGGGAGCUGCUUGUGCCCCCAGGACACGGGGCAGCUGGAGGCACCGAGCUGGGGCCGAGGGACAGCCAGGCAGGCUGGUACUGCUGCAGCUCCUCCCCACCAUCGCUGGUACGAUGCCUUCGGCCUGGAUUGAGCAGGAGGGAGCUCCCACGAGACUACUGUGAAGCUCCUGCCCCAGCCAGAGCCUUGCUGGAAGGUGGAGAGCGAGCCCAGCUCAGCAAGGAGGAGGAGUUCUCGUGCAGGGCUCUGGCGAGGGGCCAGCAGCACCGACACAAACACACAAACCUUAUCCUGGAUUAAAUCCUUGUGAACUGGAGCAGCCCCAGGACGCUGCUGUGCUUCCCUGUGCCCUGGGCUCUGGAGCAGCUCUGGCAGAGCCCGGCGCUUCCCUGGCUCGUGGUGGGUGCCCCGGAGCAGCGAGAGCCGGGUCCUUGCCCUGUGCUGGAGGUGUGCAAAGCACCCCCUCCUGCCCUCCCCUGUUUAUUUAUUGCCCUCCUGUAGCUGGACACGUUGCUGUGUGAUAGGGACCCCGUGCCCUCCCCGUUCCCGAGUUACAAGUGCAAUAUUGGUGUGUGUCGCGGCCGAGCUCUCCGGCGGAGUGGAUGCCUUCUUCUUUUUCCAAGUGCGUAGAUUUGGUCAGGCAGCAGGUUUGGUGUGCCAGACCCAUUCCCUGGCAGCAGGCAGCUGGGGAGCCUGGUGUAAAUAUCAGUGUAUCCAUGCCCUGACGACGGAGGGGUCGGUGGUGGAGCACAGCAAACUCUGCAGCAGCCGCUCUCCUGACUCUGGAUAACAAUGCUGUGUUUGGGAAGAGGGGCUCCUGCUGGCCCUGGCAGGGCAGGGUGCACUGCCUGCCUCCCAGUUUACAGUGCAAAGCAUCUCUGCAGCUAGAAAAAAAAAAACCUACAUUGUCAUGGCCAUUGGUAAAUAAAAGGAGAAUAUAAUUUCUGGUA